GAUUAUAAUUAUUCUAAAGUCGAUAAUUCGGAAUCAUUAGCAAAGUUAAUAGAGAGUUUGGAACAAGGGGAUUGUAUUUGCAUGUUCCCGGAAGGGAUUAGUCGAUAUCACAGCAAGGUGGCACCCUUUAAACCUGGUGUAGCAUUGAUAGCUAGUGAGGCUUUGACUCGCAAUAAAGACCGUCCAAACUUUUCAAUUAAUCUAUUGACAGUUUCAUUAAUAUACAUUCGUCGCGAAAAAUUUCGGUCGAACGUUUUGGUUAAAUUCAAUCCACCGAUCGUGCUUACUCCACAACAUCAAUCCCUCCUGAAAACUGUUACUUCAGAUGGCAAAAAGCGUUCUAGUGAACAAGCCAUAAAUGAAUUGACAUCUGUCAUGGAGGAAACGGUUCGUUCAAACACUCUUGAUUCACCUGACUGGCAAACUUUAAGGAUAGCACAUACUGCACGAAAGCUGUACGCGGGCAAUCUUGGUACUAGAAUAUCUUUAGCUGAGUAUGUUCGCUUAACAAAAAAAUUUAUUGAUACAUUAGCAAAAGCUAGUGAAGAAACCAAUGGAGGUCAGUACAACGGAAAUAAUGAGAUUAACAAUGAACACAAGGAAAUUAUUGUUGAACGCGUUGAUAGCAAUGUUUUGCAUGUGGAUAAUCCAGCGUUUAAAGAAAAGAUUACACAUCAAGAUGUUGACAUUCAUGUCUUAUCGAGAGAUCUGGCUGCAUAUCAAGAUCUUCUUGAUUCAUAUGGAAUAAAAGAUUAUCGGUUCAGUCGUGAUAUUCCGUUGUCAAAACCUGAGCUUAUUGGUCGUAUUAUUAUACGAGUAAUUUGGGCAUCAGUUCUUGCUACGAUCUCUUCAUUGAAGCUAAAAUUUGCUGAAGCUGAGGAUGGGUAUAAAGAAUAUCAGAUUCGUAAAUUGCCCAAGGAAGAUAAUUAUGAUGAAAUAACCCAAUAUAAAUUGCUUAUUGCUACAAUGCUGCUUAUCCCAAUUUAUAUAACAGCAGUAUUUUUGACAUUGCCAUUUGCGUUCAUUACUUCGUGGCUAAUUCCUCUAUUAAUGUGGUUAACAAUUCGCUGGACAGAAGACUUAUUUCAAGCUAUGAGGUCUUGUCUCUCUCUCACAAAACUUCUUUUACUUCCCAAAGGAGAAUAUGAUCAUAUCAAAAGUAUACGCGAAAAUAUUAGGGAGAGAGUACAAAUUUUGGCGGUGAAUGAACUUGGUCUUCCGGAUAAUCCGGAAAUAUUGGUGAGCAAAUCGAAGCCGAGAGGAUUGGGAUAUUUUUCGAUCAAAAAAAGAAGAAAGAAGGAUUACAAUGAAGUUUUAAGGCUUUGGGAUGUGUCAGCAUAUGAUUAA